CUUCACUCCGCCGCGCUGCCCUAUCGGCUCGCGGCGCCGCAGGAUCGGGUCGGCGGCGAAGAAUGUAGACCCGGCCGCUCCCCAUGGUAAAACAAAAUAAUCCGGCGAUGCUGCCUGUUGGAGCCGGGGCGCUGUCAGCCGCGCUGCCAGGCGCAGCUUCGCCUCACCUCUCCCUGCGCUAUCCUCCCUGUCCCGUCCCUGCUUGGCGCCGGUGAGCGCUCUCAGCGGCUUCCGAGCUGCCGGGAGAAAAGAGCGGAAGGAUAUCCUCGGGAGACGGCUGCUCCGCCAGAGGAGAGAGUGUGACAGAGGAAGUAGUUCCGGCCCCAAUUGGGCCUUGUUUCCCAAAAAUAGCGCCCAGGGGGUAUCCGUGCGCCGGUGUCAGUGUCUCCUGAGGAGCCUCAGCGGGGAGGAGGCAGCGGCGGCGGCGGCGGGAGCGAGGGGACGCGGGCGGGUGCUUAUAGAAGAAACAGGAACAUUUUCUCAAUCUGAAGACAAAGUAACAGAAAUCUGUAUCAUGUGUUAGAAUACUGAAGAGUGACAUUUCUUGGAUCAGUAUAUUUCUGGAUUGCAAAGGAAAAGAAAGAAGAGGCUGAAAAUGGGGAGAAAGAAAAUACAGAUCACAAGAAUAAUGGAUGAACGGAACAGACAGGUCACCUUUACAAAGAGGAAGUUUGGAUUAAUGAAGAAGGCAUAUGAGUUGAGUGUACUCUGUGACUGUGAAAUAGCACUCAUCAUUUUUAACAGCUCUAACAAACUCUUUCAGUAUGCCAGCACUGAUAUGGACAAAGUUCUACUUAAAUACACAGAAUACAACGAGCCCCAUGAAAGCAGAACCAACUCAGAUAUCGUUGAGACCUUAAGAAAGAAAGGCCUUAAUGGUUGUGAGAGCCCUGAUGCUGACGAUUACUUUGAGCACAGUCCACUAUCGGAGGACAGAUUCAGCAAACUAAAUGAAGAUAGUGAUUUUAUUUUCAAGCGAGGCCCUGCUCUGAACAAGAAGGAACACAGAGGGUGCGACAGCCCGGACCCUGACACUUCAUAUGUGCUCACGCCACAUACAGAAGAAAAAUAUAAAAAAAUUAAUGAAGAGUUUGAUAAUAUGAUGAGGAAUCAUAAAAUCGCACCUGGCUUGCCUGCUCAGAACUUCUCCAUGUCGGUUACGGUUCCAGUGUCCAAUCCCAACACUUUAACCUACAGUAACCCCGGGAGUUCCCUUGUAUCCCCAUCACCACUGGCAGCCAGUUCAUCGCUAACGGACACGACCAUGCUCUCCCCGCCUCAGACCACGCUGCAUCGGAACGUGUCACCUGGGGCCCCUCAGAGACCACCGAGUACUGGCAACGCAGGUGGAAUGCUGGGGACAACUGACCUCACAGUGCCAAAUGGAGCUGGUACCAGUCCAGUUGGAAAUGGGUUUGUGAAUUCUCGAGCUUCACCAGGUCUACUCGGAAAUACCAGUGGUGGGAAUGGCUUGGGCAAAGUCAUGCCUACAAAGUCUCCACCUCCACCUGGAGGAGGAAAUCUUGCAAUGAACAAUCGAAAACCUGACCUCCGUGUUGUCAUCCCACCCUCCAGCAAGGGUAUGAUGCCACCACUGAAUACCCAAAGGAUAAGCAGUUCUCAGUCAACACAGCCUCUUGCUACCCCGGUGGUGUCGGUGACAACCCCCAGCUUGCCUCCACAGGGGCUGGUGUACUCGGCCAUGCCGACUGCCUACAACACUGAUUACUCCUUGACUAGUGCAGACCUGUCUGCCCUGCAGGGGUUUAACUCCCCGGGGAUGCUGUCCCUGGGGCAGGUGUCUGCCUGGCAGCAGCACCACCUCGGCCCUGCCGCCCUCAGCUCUCUCGUUACUGGCAGCCAGCUAUCUCAGGGUUCCAAUUUAUCCAUUAACACCAACCAAAACAUCAACAUCAAAUCUGAACCGAUUUCACCUCCCCGGGACCGUGUGACUCCCUCCGGCUUCCCGCAGCAGCAGCAGCAGCAGCCGCCGCAGCCGCCGCCACCACCGCCGCCGCCGCAGUCGCGGCAGGAGAUGGGCCGCUCUCCCGUUGACAGUCUCAGCAGCUCCAGCAGCUCCUACGACGGCAGCGACCGGGAAGACCCGAGGAGCGACUUCCACUCGCCCGUGGUGCUGGGGAGGCCGCCCAACGCAGAGGAUAGAGAGAGCCCCUCGGUAAAACGCAUGAGGAUGGACACGUGGGUGACAUAAAGCGGCAGCGUCGCUUCGGCACCUGCGCGCUCUCAACACAAACUGUCCUGACAUAUCUAAAUUUAUAAAUAAGGACGUGGAAUAAGUAUAUUUAAAUGUAUAUACAUACGUGCAUAUAUAUAUCUUCACGUGCAUAUAUAUGUGCUAGUGUGUGUAGCAUACACGAAAUCAUCAGGCACUUACGACAAACUCCUUGUAUAGCUGCAGAUGUCCCCCGGUAAAACGUUAACGGAACAAUCCCGUAGGUAUUGAUGAGCUAGUCUGGCACUCCCUGGACUCGUCGUUUUCAUCCUAUAACCUGUUUUGCAGAGCCUCCCCCCGUCCCCUCCCCGCGGUGUACUCCUCCCACACUAGAUUGCAGAAGCCAGGGCUCGCCUGUAGUACCGUCCCCGUGUGUUUCACCCCAGCUGUAUGGUUACUCGUAGUUAAGAAGCAACGCUUUGUAGCAGCGGAGCAGUAGAACAGCAGGAAGAAGAAAGCAAUACUGUACAUAAACUGACCUUCACGGCCCCAGCCCGGCCUCGGUCGCUGCGGGGAGGGUGCAUGGAGAAGGGCUGACGCUAUAAGACAUAAGAAACAAAAACUCCCUGGUUUUUUUUGCACGUGCAAAAGAAAAAAACAACAACAACAAAGGACAAAAACAAACAAACAAAAAGCGUAUUGGGUCAAAGUGAUUUUUGUAACGAGUGAAAGAGACGUAGAGAAACUCGCAUGAAAUACUCAGAAGAUAUUAGCCUAGGAGAUAGAAGGGUAACAAAGUAAAGUUAAUAUAUUAAGUUAUAAUUGGGAGAGGUUGGACAAAUUCGUUUUUACGUUCGUACCUUUGGGAAAAAAAAAAGUAUAGAAACGGAUUUUAGCUCCUGUAUAUUUUAUAUUAAAGAAAACGAUACCCUAAUGAAUUGAAGACUAUAUAUAAAGUUAUAUACAGUACUUUUGAACACAUUCUGCUAUGAAUUAUUUAUAUAAGCCAAAGCUGUAUGUUGUAGCUUUUUUGUAGAGUAUAGUUUUAUCUUAUUUUGACUUUCUAGUUUUUGCUGUCAAAGAAAAAAAAAAAUAGACGAAAAGGAAAAAAACUUGCAGGCGGAACCUUUGGGGGAAAAAUAAGCCAUGAACACUUCUAUGUAAAUUGAAAUUUGAGCCAAACUCCUUUUUUGUGUAUAUAGCAUCCUAAAUAUAUGAUCACCUUUGGUGUAAGUACCGACGUAUUGUACGUUCACCAGAUUACAAAGUAUAUUUUUGUGGAUUGACGCCGAGUUGAGAGAGGCGAGGUCCUUAUUCAGUAGAGUAUUCACUGUUUAAUAUUUACUAUUUUGUUAAAUAUACUGUACUUUCUUUGGAUUUUAAUUAUUAUUAAUAUUAUUAUCCAGAUUUUUUCAGAGGGUGUAUAAAGGGGGUCGGCCCCCCUCACUGGUGGUGAAUGUGUGCCGUUCAAUUGUAAUCUCUGUGCUGUAUGGUUAAGCUUCAUUAUACAUUUUAUAUAUAUAUAUAUGUAUAUAAAUAGCAAAGUGGCAAAAAAACACACACACACAGAUAAUCCGGUGUUAAGUUCAUCCAGCAUCAAUAUAACGAAACCUGUUCCGACACAUUUUAAGGCAGCGUUGUAAAGCUGCCUCUUCUGAGGAGGGAAAAAAAACAGUGCAAAAACUUGACCUAAUUAUUUCUCAUGGUAGGAAAAGAACAUAUCAGAGAGCACAAGAGGUUUUCUGCGUUGGUAAGUGGUUGGGGGUAAAACCUUGGAGAUAAAUUUGUGUGAAAGAGGGAGGCAGGGCAGGGCAGGGGGUGGUCCCCGGCUGCGGGGGGCCGGUCCGAGCAGAGCCGCAGGGGUACCUGUGACCCCUCAGAGGGGGGAAAAUGAGCUUGGAGCAGCAGAACUCCAGGGAGCCCGAGCCUGAGUUCAGAGGCUCGUGGAGCGGGGGCGUCGGCGCUCAGACCCCUCCAGCCUCACCCCCCUCAUUGGGCAAUUUGCACUGAGGCUUUCCUUCCUUUUUAUCCCCCUCCUUUGCCGGGAGGGAAGGGGCAGGGGCUGGGCACAGCCGUCCUCACCGCCCCCUCCCCAGCCAACUUACCGCCGCAGGGAACCUUUCGCUGCUCCAGCCGUGAUGGGGGUGUUCCCGGGGUUUAUGCACCUGUAUGAACUUUGCCGUACAUCGAGUGGGAGUUCUGCAUUCACAUUUACUGUCUAUUUUCUUGUGUGCCUUAUAAGAUGGCUUUGCUGACUGUAUCUCAAGUCUUUAUUUCUAUGCAGGUUUUUAAACAGUACUAGUACUGUUUUCUUAAAGAAAAAAGCUACGUAAGGGUGAGAGUUUGUAUGGAAAUUGCACCAAGGAAUUAAAAGAGCAAAGAAAUAAUCAGUUGUUAAUUGCUGCUCCCGGGCCUGGGCCCGUGUUGCCCCCCCUGACCUUCCCCCAGCCCCCCCAGGCCGGGGCACGGAGCUGCGGCGCCGGGAACCCCCAUUUUUAGUACCAAGUGACUAACUUUGGAAAGUACCUUUUUUUAGGAUUGUAAAAAUGUUUUAUAUUAAAAAAAAACCUAUAAAAAUGCCAUAGCACAGAUUCUGCAACAGGGCCCACAGCCUUGGCUUUGGUUUAAUUUACUGACUGAAGUUGCAAGUGGAUCCAAAACCCCUUCAGAGCUGAAUGGUUCAAGGUGGAUCCAAAACCCCUUCAGGCCUGAAUGGUUCAAGGUGGAUCCAAAACCCCUUCAGGCCUGAAUGGUUUAAAGUGCAUCUAAACCACCUUCAGGGCUGAAUGGUUCAAGGUGGAUCCAAACUCCCUUCAGGCCUGAAUGGUUUAAAGUGCAUCUAAACCCCCUUCAGAGCUGAAUGGUUCAAGGUGGAUCCAAAACCCCUUCAGGCCUGAAUGGUUCAAGGUGGAUCUAAACCCCCUUUAGAGCUGGAUGGUUUAAAGUGGAUCCAAAACCCCUUCAGAGCUGAAUGGUUUAAAAUGGAUCCAAACCCCCUUCAGGCCUGAAUGGUUCAAGGUGGAUCCAAACCCCUUUCAGGGCUGAAUGGUUUAAGGUUGGGGUGGUUUUUUCCCCCCCCUUCUCUGGUGUGACAAAUCACCUCUGUAAUCAGGGAUUCAUCAGAGCUUUCGCCUUCCCUUUCCCUUGGAGGCCACUCCCGCAUCCCAAACUCGCGAGUUACCUGCGCACAAGAAAUACAUAGUAAAUAAGGAACAAAACAACUCCUGACCAUUGACCACGGGGAAGAAGCUGAAUCAGAAUGUGAAAGAAACAAAAACCACGUCGAAAUCUUAGUGGAAACCUUCCUUCACUUUGCUGUGCGAGAGAACACUGCUUUGCUAUAUUUAAAAUGGCUUUUUCUAAAAAACAAUAAUGACAAAAAAAGAGAUUUCUGUAUUUGGUAAAUGUUUGUAGUCAACAGUUCCCACCGCAGCUGUUCAGGGCUGGCCGAGGCGCAGCCGUUUGGCGGCACAAGCUGGACUUUGUUGCCAUCCUUGAGACGAAUCUUUUAAGUAAAAAAAAUAACAAAAAAAAUAAGUUAAUCUCGAUUAUUUUUUUGUUUUUCCCUGAAUGUGUUGGGUUUUUUUUUUCUUCAAUAUACAAUAAAUAUUCUAGUGAACUUUUUAUCAAAUGGUUAAGAAAAAAAAAUGCUAGAGGUUGUUGUAAAAUAUUUGUAUCCUGCAUUCACUAAAGUAAAGAUACUGGCUUUUACUGUCUA